AUGCACAUCCGCCUCGCACACCCCGCCGACCUCGAGGCCAUGACGGCCGUGCUAAUCGGCGCCUCGCCCAUGGACCCAGUCUACCCCUACCGUUUCCCCGACCGGCACCUGUACCCCGACGAGUUUGCCGCGCUGUGCCGGCGGAAAUGCGCCGAGUAUCUGGAGAGUAGCACCGUGGUGGUGUGUGAGAUGGCGGUGGAUAGGGAGGAUACGGAGAGGAGUAGGAGGGACGGUUAUUCGACCCGGGUUGUGGCGUUUAGUGCCUGGGAUUUGCCGGCGGAUGUGCAAUUGCCCAACAAAGGGCGGCGGGCGAGCACAGUCGAACCCCCCUCCCCAACAUCCCCCACGCACCCCAACCCCCCAACCGCCAUCGGCCAUCUCACCCGUCAAACCGCCUUCCGCGCCGCCCUCACCCACCACAAAGCCCUCAUCUUCGACGCCCACCCCCACUACGCCCGCUCCGUCUUCCUCAAAAUCCUCCUCACCCACCCUUCCUACCAACGCCGCGGUGCCGGGACCGCGCUCACGCGCUGGGGGAUUGAGACGGCCCGGCAAUUGGGCGGGUUGUAUACGGCCGUGUUUGCGAGCCCGAUGGGGAUGAGGUUGUAUAGGGGGUUGGGGUUUAGGGAGGUGGGGAGGUUUAGGGUGCAGUUGGAGGGGGAAGGGGAGUUUUUGGAGAUUCCGGCGCUUGUUAGGGGGCCGGGGGGUAAGUUGAGUGAGCGUGCGGUUGUUAAGAGGGUUGUGGAGGUUGGGCAGGUUGACAAAACGGGAGAGGGGUUGAAGAGGGAAGUACCGAAGAGAGAAGGGUCGAAAAGAGUGGUCGGAGAGUAUGGGAGACGGGUUGGGGAGUGUGGGGAGAGUCGGAGGUGGGUGGAGGGUGCGGUUUAUGCGUGA